AUGGCGCCCGUGAACCCCAUCCUGUACCAAAAUGCGGAGUGCGACAUUACGUUAAUCGAUAUUCCAAAGUCUAUUACAGCUGCUCAAGGCGAUCGCUCGGAUGUACUCCUAUCGACUGCACCGUUAGAAGCGCCCAUCGUACUAAAAGAAGACUAUCAGCCCAAGACAAAGAAAGCGAAAGCGACAUCUCCAGACACCAACAGCAUGCUGGUGGAGCAGACCGAACUCCUGCGUGCGAGCAAACAAGACGGGGGACUCGAAACUACCUCUCCCCAAAACGUGGAUCCCUUCAAUCUCGACUUCCAGUCACUACAUAUCGAUGACGUGCGGUACAAAUUUCUCGUUGAACAUGCACUCUCCCAAAUCCGCACAAAGGUUUCAAGCCCGUGGUGCGCACAGCGUAAGCUAAUGUCCCAGAGGCCAUCGCAUAAGGAAGAGGAAGCCAUGGACGUUGACCAAAUCUCCGAAAAAGAGUUAGAGUCCCGAAUGCGAGAGUGGGCCUCGUGGAGCGAACGCAAGGGAGACGACACUGCAUUCAAUCUGCAGCAGAUGAUGGUCUCCCUCGGUGCAACAUCCGAGGCCGCAGGACCGGCCGUGGGCGCACACAAAUGGAUCGUGUCGUACCAGCCUGCACGUGAGUCUGUAAGUGGUACACAGGUUGCAGAAACGGCCAGCCACGAAGCCCAAACGGAACCAUGGACAUGUACCUUCCACAAUCCCAACCGCCAAUCUCUGGAGCUGACAAUUACCGAACCUACGCCGCAAUCUACUCUGCCGGGUCAAGAGUAUCGUUUCACAGUACCACCCAGAUCGACCUUGUUUCUCAGCGAUUCCACUGCCUCGGAUGCCUUCCGUACGUCGUUUCGAGAGCUUACCGACGAGUUUACCCUUCCACGACACUUUGACCUAGUACUGCUGGACCCACCAUGGCCCAAUCGUUCAGCCAAGCGCAAGGGCGCUUACGAACAAGUUGGAGGCAUGCCGUACCUCAAGAAGAUGCUACUGAACAUGGACAUUGACAGUUACCUCGAACACAAUGCGCUGGUGGGCGUCUGGAUCACAAACAAAGAGGCUUUGAGAGUACAUGUGCUGGGUCCCGGUGGACUGUUCGAGGCGUGGAACGUGGGCCUGGUUGAGGAAUGGGUCUGGAUCAAGACUACGACACAGGGCGAGCCCAUGUUUGACAUUGAUAGCGCCAUGCGGAAGCCAUACGAGAUCUUACUCUUGGGUCGCGCAGCGCCCCAACUCGUGGACGACCAUGGCACAUGCGCCAAACAUCAAGAGGAGAGUCAUCGCUGCUGUACCUGA